CAGGCCAAGAGUUCACCGGUGUGUGGCUAACUGACGGACUGUACUUCGGUCACUACAGCGGCUGAGCUUUGAGGGUGUAAACCGAGCCGGACAGGAUCUUGUGGGGAGUCGCCGCCCGGCACUAAAGUGCUGCUUCGCCCAUGGAUGUACGCUAAGCCACUGAAAGUCUGCCGGAUAAAGUUGAAGCAGAGUUCUUGUUGACUGAGGACACUGGCGACGAUGCCGUCUUUAUCAACGCCUGGGCAGUGUUGAUGAGAGUGGGAGGACCAAGUCAUGAUGGCCAUUGGAGUGGAUAGCUGACACCGUGGAAUGAGAGAGGAUGGAGAAUAUAGACAAUCCUGUCCCUGAGAGUAACAACCCGAAUGGGUUUUUCAACCGAGUUUUUAAUGUUUCUCUGGAUGUGGAGAAUGAGACUGGCAGUGUUUAUAUUCAGGAGACUGGGUCAGGGCCUGAAGAGAUGCAGGGUGAGACCCGGCCUGCGUCUUUUCAGACCCCUGUCAAGGACAGACAAGAGGUCAACCGAAGACCCCGCGCCACUGGGGGCAUCUGGAAGAUCUUGAACCGGAAAAGAGCUGUGUCAGAGCUGGAACGAAGACCCCACUCCAUGAUCCUCCUCGGGGAGGCUUCUAUCCCCAAACUAACUUUUGCUGAUAAAGUUCGCUCCUUUAAAAAACUUAAAUCCCCUUCUGUGUUCAGGGGGAAGGCUGGGAAAUUGUCUAGUGCCAAACUCAGCAGCUCUCUGGUGGAUGAGGACUCUUUCUGCCGAGAUGUUGGUACGCCACAGCAAUCCACCAGGGGCCCACUUAGGCACCGUGGCAAGAGGCAUUCAUAUGCUGGUUACACAGGAGAGUUUGACUGUUCUUUCGAAGACAUUGACCUCACAGCUCCGAUAGAUGACCAUCAGCCCACUGUGGUGCCAGAGACUACAGCUCAGAAUGGGUGUAAACCAUCAGAAAGAGUUUCAUACUCAAAAAGAAGCCACAACAAUUCAACUAGCUAUAACAAAACAAAUGCAGUAAUUUGUGAGGAGCCGAGUAUUAAGACUAGCAAAAGUACCCACCACGGUGCAGGAAGGCGACAAAAAGAUGUGUGGAGUUAUUUGAGGAGGAUCUCUCUUUUGGGGAAGGCCAAUCCUGUCUAUUCGGAGAGGAGCUUUGAUUCGGAGCUCCACUCUCUAGAUAAAACUAUUGACUCAGACUAUGGUUCUGUAGACUUUGAGAAUGUCAAAGACUAUCAAGCACUGCCCCCAAAACAUUCGGACAUUAAGGGCCAUUUUGGUGGACUGUUAAAAUUUUUUAACAAUGUAGCAGAAACUGCCCGAAAGUGGCGGACACCAUCCCGCUCGUUCUCACCCCCAGAGGAAGAGAAAACCCCAGAUAACUCCCCACAGGAUCCUCAGCGCACAGUACACAAAGUUCACAGUGUGUCCCUAACACUCCACAGCGAAUCCCAUCCAAAAUGUCAGAAUGCCCCAUCUUCACCAUUGACCACUAAAUCCUCACACUCCAGUUGCUUCGACUGCGAAGCCCCAGCAUCUGUGACAGGUAACAGAUCUCCGAAAGUUGUCUUAAAAGCUUUCAGGGCAUGUUCUGUGUCCGGAAGCAUCAAUGGCCUUCAAACUUCAAAGUGUAGAGGCAAACAUAUAGACAUAGCAAACCGCAGGUCCACAGCUACAAUAGAGAAGCAUAUCCCUCAUGCAGUUAUGAGUAUUGAAAUGGAAAAAGGUGCUGGGAAUGUAAGGAAUCCAUUAAACUGCUUGCACCAGGGACAAAAGGUAAAGGAAGACAAAGGAAAUGAAGAGGAUUCCAAGGAGGCUGCUCUUGAUUUCCACCCAAUACCGGAAGGGAAUGUCCACGCACCAGAAGAUUGUAAAGAGAGCACACCUGAUGGUGUUCCAUCCUCUGAUUCCACAGAAGAGAUAUUUAAGCUGUGUGAGCAGAUUGCAAACCAGACAGGCAGCAGUGUAAGACUGCCAGGCCCAGCAUUGCCCCUCUCUAGCACAGAGAAGACCUCUGUGCCCCAGAAGCUACUGCGCCCUCGUCCCCGGCCGGCAUCAGCUGUAUUGGAUCUGCAGAGACCAAACCCAGACCAAGAUCUCCACAACCAUUAUAGUGAGUUUGGCUCACUAUGCUGGCGGAAGCACAGACCUAAUCCCACCAUGCAACACUCACCGGGGCUUAGAUGGAUGACCGCUCGUCCCAGGCCUUGCUCUGUCAUUGAAACCAGUGUUUGUAGAGAGAUGCAGUCCACGGAGCUGCACCACAGAGCCUUGUCUCGCCCUCCGGGGGUGUCUCCAUUAGAGCCCCCACUGAGAGUUUCUCUGCAGCGGUGCCACUCCUUACCUCUGCCUCCCAGCACCCUCACUACCUUGGCUCUACUCCUGCCUCAUUCAGGUCAGUCAUCAUCAGUGCGCCUGCGAUCUAGAGGGGGCAGCUGCAGAAGGAAGAGACUGCUACGACCUGGGUCAGAACCACUGCAAGUCAACAUUUUGAUAAGUGGAGGGUCAAUCGUCAACGCUGAGGCGGUAUGGGACCAUGUGACCAUGGCUGACCGGGAGUUGGCGUUUAAGGCCGGUGACGUCAUAAAGGUGCUGGAUGCAUCAAACAAGGACUGGUGGUGGGGCCAGAUCGAUGAGGAAGAAGGAUGGUUCCCUGCCAGCUUUGUGCGGGUGGAACCCCACCCUCCUCAGCCCCAAACAAAACAGGUUUUCUAUAUCAACCCCAUAGCAACUCCACGGUUCCAAAACACCACGUCAAAGUUGUGGGUGAAUCAGGAGGAUGGAGGAGCGGAACCAGCUGAAGGGACCAGUGAGGUUCAAAAUGGGCAUCUGGACCCUGCCAACGACUGCUUGUGUCUGGGCUCGCCUCUACAGAACCGUGACCAGAUGAGAGCUAACGUCAUCAACGAGAUCAUGAGCACAGAGAGACACUACAUCAAACACCUCAAGGACAUCUGUGAGGGCUACCUGCGCCAGUGCAGGAAGCGUGUGGACAUGUUCAAUGAUGACCAGUUGAAGGUCAUCUUUGGGAACAUCGAGGACAUCUACCGCUUCCAAAUGGGAUUUGUUAGAGACUUGGAGAAACAGUACAACACAGAGGAACCCCACCUUUCUGAAAUCGGACCGUGCUUCUUAGAACAUCAAGAUGGUUUUUGGAUCUAUUCAGAAUAUUGUAAUAAUCACUUGGAUGCCUGCAUGGAGCUGAGCAAGCUCAUGAGGGAUGGCAGGUACCAGCACUUCUUUGAGGCCUGUCGACUCCUCCAGCAAAUGAUUGACAUUGCCAUAGAUGGCUUCUUGCUCACCCCUGUCCAGAAGAUCUGCAAAUAUCCCCUCCAGUUGGCUGAGCUACUCAAAUACACAGCACAAGAGCACAGUGACUAUCGAUACGUGGCAGCAGCCCUUGCAGUAAUGCGAAACGUCACCCAGCAGAUCAAUGAGAGGAAGAGAAGGCUGGAAAACAUCGACAAGAUUGCCCAGUGGCAAGCAUCUGUGCUAGAUUGGGAGGGGGAUGAUAUCUUGGACAGAAGCUCGGAGCUCAUCUACACUGGGGAGCUGUCAUGGAUCUAUCAGCCAUAUGGGCGCAGCCAGCAGCGAGUCUUCUUCCUCUUUGAUCACCAGCUGGUUCUCUGUAAGAAGGAUCUGAUACGAAGGGACAUACUUUACUAUAAGGGUCGCAUCGACAUGGAUCGCUACGAGGUGCGGGACGCUAUCGAUGGCAGAGACGAUGAUUUCAACGUAAGUGUGAAGAACGCCUUCAAAUUGUGCAACAAAGACAGCGACGAGAUCCACAUCUUUCUGGCCAAGAAGCCUGAGGAGAAGAUCCGCUGGCUCAGGGCUUUCCAUGAGGAGCGGAAGAUGGUGCAGGAGGACGAGAAAAUCGGUUUUGAGAUCUCAGAGUACCAGAAGCGGCAGGCAGCCAUGACAGUGAGAAAGGUGACCAAACAGAAAGGUGUAAACAGGUGCACACCGCCCUCAUACCCGCCCCCGCAGGACCCCCUCAGUGCGGGGCAGUAUGAGGUAACGGAGGACAUGGCACAAGGAGACGUUUUUGAAUUCAGUCAAUCCAAAAGAGGCCAGGCUCCUUUCUGGCAAAAUUUUAGUAGAUUAGCUCCAUUUAAGAAGUAGAGACUCUUCUGAAGGACCAGCUAUUUUGUUUUUCCUCGUCGCACUAAACACUGGAUGAUCACGUCCCACUAUGAAGAAAAUACAAAAACACACUUACUCAAGAGACUUUCAAAUUUAAGGACCAAUAUUAUAGGGAGUGGUUGAAAGCAGCAAGGGGACUGAAUAUUUUAAUAGAAUUGUGGGGAAAGAUGAAUUAUAUGUUUAAAUCAUGUUUAGUUAUUAACCAUCACAAAGGUUCUCCCUCAACACUCCUCAUCACACCCAUCUGAAUGUCCUGGAGUUUAUUGAGAUUGUUGUAUUUUAUCCUCUAAAAAUCCAUCUUGUGGAGGAGACAAGGUUGUUGUAUGAUUGUGAGAUAUUUGCUGUGCUGCUAUGUGAGAUUGCUUGAUGCAUUCUUGUGAAUGUGAGUCCAAAUAACAAUAGGCCUUGGCCAUUGGCGGAGGCGUCUGACGGAAACGCAAAGCUCGACUGUUGUCCGUCGCUAAUCACUGAGCAUCCACGACAACUCACACCUGCUUCUUGGUCAACGAGUAGCCCUCUAGUCCCAAUGUCUUCAUCCUGGCAUCUUCUUUAUCUCUCUGCCCACCUGCUCCACCUCUAUGAGUCAGAGGAAGCACCUCGUUCCUUCAAAAAGCUGCCACCAGCCAUGAUAGGGCGACUCCGGGAGCAAAUCGAUAGCGGGAACGUCAAUUGAGUAUUUUUUUUACAUUAUUACACCAAGCAGUUUUGACAGGGUAUUCAUAUCAUAUCCUGGAGGGUCGAAGGCCGUGGGGUUGUGGAGAGCUUGCCGCUCAGAUGAACCUGCUGGGAGCAGGAGAUAGGCAGGCUAUGCUCCAGCCAUCGUCUUGCCAGAGCCCCUCCCCUCUCUCCCCAGAGACCACCCCUGUUGCACUGUGCUGGCAGCUCAGAGACUGUUUGGAAAGAGCACGGCCCACCUCCAGAAAUACUAGUAGUGAAGUUAAUUUUUGAAAUAAUACUUUUUUUUUUUUGUAUUGCUCACACUGAGAAAGGUAACCGAUUUAAUUCAGAAGAGUGAUGAACGCAGGAAGUAAUGAGACGAAAGGUUAUAGCGAGGAAGUAUCAAACUUCCUGAGGUUGGGAAGUAUUGGUGGACUGCAGUGUAUGGAAGUGCAAUAUGACAGCAUAGGAAGGCACAACGAUAAAAAUCAUGUGUAGCAUGCAGAGAUGCUUACAGAUUGCAGCUUCAAACCUUGGCACUUCCCCCCUCCGUCAUGUUGUGUAUUCAGAUCUGAUCCAUGUUUUGGCACGGAGCUCCACACUGUUAAGUGAAUUACCGAAGAUGACAGCCUGAUCAGAUGGAUUUGUUUACCCAACAACGAAUGAGGGAGAGACAUCAAAGAGAGAUUUUCUUGUGGAAGCUUUGGUCAUGUUCUUAGCUACAGCUGGAAUGUGCGCCAAAUUUGGAGCAGACACGUUUCACGUUGUAUUGAAAGGACCUGAGUCGUGGCUUUAUCGUACUUCACUAUUUAAUAAGAAAGAGUUCUGUAUGUUCUUUGUUUGCCUUGAAACCUUUCAACUUCCUGGGACGGAUGUUAUUUGUAUGCUGUCCAAUCUGUUUUAUUUUAGUGAAAAAAGUUGGUGUCUGUGGAGAAGGCUCCUAGUCAGAUUGUUCUGGAAGACAAUUCCCUUGGCCAACAACAUACGGUUCCCCGACCAUGAUAACCUCAGGUCCAGUGCUGCGCCCACCUCACCUCCCUCGCCUCCUUCCUGUUCUACACGCAGAUGCAAACGCACAUACACAGACACAGCUACACAAUCAUGCGCACUUACUGGCCCGUUGUGCUGCGGAGAAUAGAGAUGCUAUCUAACAGUGCCUUCCAGCAUUCCACUAGUGAUUAUCUAUUCAGUUUCACAGGCAGAUUUGAAUUCGUCACAUAUUUUCCCUUCAGCGUGGGACUUGCAACAGUCUCACCCUUUCUCUCUCAUACUGGGAAUUCUUGCUUUGCCAGUGCACGAGAUCAACCCGGACAAAGAUCUUUUCCACAUACUGUGCACAAACACUUAUGUUACUAUACACACUUGCAUAGCCGUAAUUCUCUUGCACAAAUAUAAGUUAUUCUUAUGUUAAAAAUGUUUAGGCAUAGGGUUGCUUUAUUGUUGAAAGUUGAUUACUUUGGAUUACAUCAUAGAAAUCAUUAGUUUUUCUUAGUGGAUGUAGAAUAUACUGUUCAAAGACUAUUACUAGCAGUGAGUUAGGAAUUCAAUAAGAAAAAGUCAUCUAUUUUAACUUUAUCAGUGACACAAAUGUAAAUACUGUAUAAAGAACAGAUCAUAUAUUUGGAUAUUGGUAUUUUGCGUUGGAGACGAAUGUUGUUCCAGUUCUAGCGUAUGGUAGAGCUCAGUACCCGGUAAAUGCAUGCUUGUGGCAUCCAAUACGUUGCAUGAGACUUAAAACAACUCUUCAUAGUUUGUUUAGUUUUUUUUCAUUUCCGUUGUGAAGCCAUCGCGGUCUCACUGAAAGGAGUCGCGGUCCACCUGUCUCCUGCUCGUGUCACGUUCACGCUCGUUGCUUUUGUUCUUCGUUCAAGUCCAGAAGAGGAGAGGGCAUUGUCAGCUCUUGAUAGGUCAAAGGCACUGGCAUUCUCUUUACCCAAAUAUUUGAGAAUUUUCUCAAUUUGAUUUCCUUUUUAAGUCACUGGCACAGCUCUUAACAGCUGGUUAUUUAUGGAAUGCCAGUCACUGGAGCAAAACGGGUAUCGUUUUUCUAUGACAACCAAAUAGGAGAUAGCACUGAUCAUAGGUGUGUGUGUAUCGAUUUUUAGUCAAGCAGAAGAGCUGAGUACAUGUGAACUCUGGGGAUGUGCUAAAAAUAACCCUAAUCUGCAGAAUACUUCAUUACAAUUCAUAUCAUGCUCUUGUUUCAAAAUGAGAUGCUCUGAAGUACAAUGACUUAACAGUCGAGAUUAUUUUCCGAACUUGUAUUUAUUGAAUUAGUAGCCAGUAUUAGAUUACAUCGUUUUGGCUCAAACAAUGUAUAUAUUGUUUUCUUGAUCUGAUAUAGUUAACCCUGACCUUUUACUCGAGGCACAGAGGACGGCCUUCAGUGCUAAGGAAAACGUGUUGUUUUUUUCCCCGAUUUUGUUUUCCAGUCAUGUACCAAGACAGCCAAGUUAGCAGACUGAAUGCAUAUGAGGUUGCUUGCACCCUUUUUGUGUACACCAGCCACUCACUUGGAACAUGACGACAUUGCCAAUAGAGAUCCAGGGUACUACAUGGAGUCCAAUGAGCCAUAUAUGAUGUGGUUUUAAUGACAACAAGGUGAACAGAGAGUGGUGUCCCUCUUUUACAAACACACUAUUCAUUGUAUGAUACCAUCUAGUACCUGCUCUGGCUUUUUGCCCACCACAGAAAAUGAACUCACAUUACCCAAAUCCUUUCGUCGCCAUAUGCAAACAUUUCACUUUUCUUUAUUUUUUGUAGGGUUUUUUUAUGCUGUCAUUUUGAGUUUGAAUAUUUGUUGUAGAAAUGAAAAAUAAUGCCUAUUCAAUCCAGAAACUGUGAAUGGGAGAGUGGAGAUGUCAACUGUAUGUACAUUAUAUGUUUUGAUGUAAUCAGAAGCACUGGGAAUAUGUUGUACUUCGCUGUAAAAAAAAUAAAUGAAUCCAUAUCUGA